AUGUCUUCGGCGACCACUACGACCCUAACUGUCGAAUCGACGAACCAGGAGCCCGUCGAGCAGCUCGUUCUCCGACUCCGACCGCCAGCGAGCCCGCCGCACGUCACCUGGGCAGCCGACGUCAUCGACAACGAGCACAUGGGUCGACUCAAGUCCAAUUGCUGCUGCAUCUAUGUGAAGCCGCGGCGUUGGGAUGAUCCGAGCACAUGGGAGCAGGACGAGCACGAGACGGAGCAUUGUCGUGGGCACACGCUUCCUGAGAAGAAGCCCAAAGAUGAGGGCGAUGCUGAUCAUCAGGAAAAGGAGCAACACGACGGCUGUGGAUGCAACGGAUGUUAA